GAUAACACAUUGUAGUUACACGUCAUUUGCUACGACUAUAGCAAGUAACAAUUUAAUAAAAAACUAAAUUUUCCGAAUUGAAAUUAAUUACUGUUGUUAUAUUUACUGUAUUAUGCGAGGCGAUUCUAAGUUGAAUUAAAAGUUAUAAGCGUUUUAUGAUAAAUUAAAAUGGGAUCUGCUAAUAGUACUCCUAUUCCGGGCGGAGGAACAGAAGGAUAUCAUGUUUUGAAAGUACAAGAUAAUUCACCAGGUCAAGCAGCAGGUUUAGAAGCCUUUUUUGACUUCAUAUUGGCUAUUAAUAACACAAGACUUGAUAAAGACAAUGAUACUCUUAAAGAAAUGUUAAAAAAUGGAGAUGGUAAUGAAAUUACAUUAGCUGUAUAUAGCAGCAAAACACAAAUAGUAAGGGAAGUAAAAAUUAUACCAAAUAGUAAUUGGGGUGGUCAAGGAUUAUUGGGUGUGAGCAUACGAUUUUGUUCUUUUGCUGGAGCCAAUGAAAACGUCUGGCAUAUUCUUGAUGUUCACCCAAAUUCUCCUGCUGAUAAAGCUGGUCUAAGGUCACAUACAGAUUAUAUAAUUGGAUCUGAUUCUAUAAUGCAUGAAAGUGAAGAUUUGUUUAUGUUGAUUGAAGCUCAUGAAGGAAGACCAUUGAAAUUAUAUGUUUAUAAUGUGGAAUUGGAUACUUGUAGAGAAGUUUCAAUUACACCAGAUACUGCAUGGCCUGGCGAAGGAAGUUUGGGUUGUGGAAUAGGGUAUGGGUAUCUGCAUAGAAUACCUGUUAGACAAGUUUAUCAAAAUAAGGAUAUUCCAGCACCACCUGUUAUAAAACCAGCUGUGGUUAACAAUGUGAUGGCAUCUGCUGCCCAAGUACCACAAGUAAUUAAUCCACCAGUUCUGACACCUCAACCACCUACUAUUUCUGAUCUUCCAGUGUCUGAUAAUAAUUCAAUUGUUGAAGCAGAAAAAUCUAAGGAACAGCCACCAUUGAACGAAAGUAUUCAAACAACGCCAGCACCAUUUUUCAACAACACAAAAUCUGAAUCACCUGCUUCCAUUCCAACAGAUCAACAAAUACCAUAUUCAAGCAAUUCAGUGCCUUUACCUUAUUUUCCUCCUCAAAUCACUACACUUCAAAAUCCUUCUAUUCCAGCAUUCCAAGUUUUAAAUUCUCAGUAUAGCCCUCAACAACUAAAUUCUACUUCUGACACAAUAAAACCUUAUGUAUUGACGCCUCAAGUAACAAGAUUACCAUCAUUUACAUCGCAAGAAUCUAUCACCACGUCUACUCAAGAACCAUCCAUAACACCCACGAGUCUCUCCCAAACUGCUUCAACUCAAGAAUUGAACAACCAGUCAUCAAAUGUAUUUCCUCCACAGAGUAGUUAUUCCCAAUACCAUCCUACUGAUAUUGGGGGUACUACAACUGUAGCUGAUGUACCAAGUUCUAAAGAUAUAAGUAAUUACUUCACACAAUUUCAAACUCAAGUCAGCCAAUCCAAUAGUUCAAGUACUAUACCAAUGUUUUCUGUGAAGAAUUUUCCACAGAUGUCGCCUUUAGCACAACCUCUUGGAAACAAUUAUUCGAAGACGUCCGAUCCUCAACCACAGAUAGUACCUCCACAGCAUCAACCAGGAGUCAAUUAUUCUGAUGAAUCAUCUCAGUUUCAAUCUUUGCAAUCAUCGCAGUAUCAACCAAGUGUUUACUCAGGAAUGCCACUUACAACUCCAAUAUCCUUACCGGGUAUGCCACCAAUAACUGUUAGUGCAACUCUACCCUAUUCAGCUAUAGAAAGCUUACAAAUUGAUCAGAAGAAAAAUAUUUUAAAUAGUAAUAGUUAAAUACUUUUUAUUUAGGUCAUUUCUACUUGAUUAAUUAAAAUUAAUUAUUACAUAAUAUUCAUUUUAAUUACUCAAAUUAAACCACAAAUUCUAAUAUAAAAAAAAUGUAUUCAAAUAUUUAUUUAUUUAUAGUAAUAUAAGGACAUAAAAAAAAAAUUACACAGAUAUUGGGCUUUUGAAUGUAUUCUUGAAAAAUGCUGAAAAUUAAAAUGUACUUAAAUCUAAAAGUAUUGUAUAAAAAUAUAUAAGAAAAAAAUUAUAAAUU